UAGUUUCCGGUGUCGUUGCUAAGCCCCGCCUCUAUUCACUUCCUGUAAACAGCAGCAGCUGUAGUGAGCUAGCUUAUGCCAGUGUAUUCUUGUGCUUUCCGUCAUUUUCUACCUCAUCUGUUGUGUCAAAGAUGGCUCAGGGCGGAGUGGUUCUGGACAAGGACCAGUUUAACUGUUCCAUAUGUCUGGACGUGCUCAAACACCCGGUGACCAUCCCCUGCGGACACAGCUACUGCUCGGACUGUAUCCAGAACUACUGGGACCAGGACGACUAUCUCGGCAUCUUCGUCUGCCCGCAGUGCCGACAGAGCUUUAGCCCGAGGCCGGUGCUCGCCAGGAACACCAUGCUGGCCGACGUGGUGGAAAGAUUCAAGAAAACUGGGCUUCAUGAUGCCCCGGUACCGACGGAGAACCGAUGUCUAGCCGAAGCCGAUGACGUGGAGUGCGACGUCUGCACCGGGAGGAAAAACAGGGCUGUCAAGUCCUGCCUGGUGUGCCUGGCCUCCUACUGCGAUGUCCACCUCCAGCCUCACUACGACUCUGCUGCCUUCAAGAAGCACAAGCUGGUUUCGGCUUCCAAGGGGCUACAGGAGACGAUCUGUCCCCAGCACGACAAGCUACUGGAGGUGUACUGUCGCACCGACAGGCGCUGCAUCUGCUACCUGUGUCUGACAGACGAGCACAAAGGACACGACACGGUGCUGGCUGAGGCAGAGAUAGAAAACAUGCUGAGGCAGCUUGGUGACAUGAAGCAGAGCUCGCAGCUGAAGAUUCAGCAAAGAGAAAAAGAGGCACAAGACCUGAGACAAGCAAUUUUCUCUCUCGCUCGUUCGGCUCGGUCCGCAGCUGAAGAGAGCGACACCAUCUUUACAGAGCUAAUUCGUCUGAUAGAGCUGAAGCGCUUUGAAGUAAGAGAGCUGAUCAAGGGCCAGGAAAAGACGGCCGUCGGCGAAGCCGAGCAGCUACUGGAGAAGAUCCAGAGGGAAAUCGCUGAACUAAAGAAGAACGAGACCGAACUGGAUCUGCUGUCCCACACCGAGGGCCCUGUCCAGUUCCUUCAGAGUUGUCAGUCGCUUCAUGCUUCGCCUGCGCUGUCAGCUUUUCCUACGUUCAACGCCAACCCCGGCCUGUCCUUUAGCUCAGCGAUGGCAGCUGUGUCUGACUUCAAGGGACUGCUGCACGAAGUGUGCCAGGGAGGAUUUGUCAGCAUCUAUGAGAAAGUGAAAGAUGUUACAAUCGUGAUGCCUCAAAAUCCCGAGGGUCAGUGUGACGCUACCCCCGCUGGUGUUGAGGCUGGAGCAGCUGUUCACAUGGAGUCACCACUAGUGCUGCCUCCUCCUGGUCUGGACCAAUCGGCUGUUAGUUCUCUGAACCCGUUCCUUGCUCCAGGACCCACUGGGACAACAUUUGGCCUCUCACCAUUUGGUUACAAACUCGCCACUGGAUCCAGACAAAGGCACGUGCAGCGACGCCCUCACUCAAGAAGAAGAUAAACCCUACUAGACAUCAGACUGAAUGUUAUACAUGCAUCCACACAUUAUUUAUCUCCAAUUUUCCCCUCAUACAAGUCAAGAAUGAGACCUUCCUAAAUAUUUUAUCUGUUAUUAGUUUUAUUGGCUUUAAUAUCAGCUGUAUUUCAUUGUUUUAUUUACAGAUGUGGUGACAAUGCAUUUAACUCGGUGUUAAGCAGCUAAUAGCAUGACCCACCUACUACAGUGUAUUUCAGUAUUAUUGAGAGGAUUAGUGUGUAGUACUGAUGUAUUGCAUAUUUUAUCAUUUUAUAAGUUUUUUUUUUUUUUUUUAACCACAGCUUUAUGAACAGUUAUUUUCUUUGGAGAUUCAUUUGUGACACAUUAAAAAACAUCUUCCCCAGCUUA